AUGAGAUCUGACUUGACGGACGAGAAAAACGUUCUGCAAAUCGCUGCAGCUGAAAUUGCCGAAUCAUCCGACACCAGUGGAUUCUUCGAAAUCACCAGCAAUGGCUCCAAUGGACACAAUGGUCACAGAUCGGACGACUUGCUGCAUGUGCCGCACGAAGAUUACCUAAACUACCCACGAGCAACCUCACGGCCGAAACGAUCCGCUCGACGAUUACAAACGGAAUCUGCCCUCGACCCGGACAUGACGGAUUCGAGCUCCCAGAGUGAUGAUACCAGCUGUGGCAGCGGGAGUCGUAAUGGCAGUCGUGGUGGUAGCAGUAGCCGAAAUGCAUCCUCGCAGCAUCACCAGCAAACCACAGCAGCCGCUCGACGACGGAAAGGGGUUCUUAAUGCGAAAGAACGCAAUUUGCGGCGGCUCGAAUCCAACGAGCGAGAACGUAUGCGGAUGCAUAGCCUCAACGAUGCAUUUCAGUCGUUGAGAGAAGUUAUACCACACGUCAAAAAGGAACGACGCCUGUCCAAGAUAGAAACACUCACAUUGGCCAAGAACUACAUCACGGCCCUUACCGACGUUAUCAUUGUAAUGCGCGGCGAGGGGGAGGCUGCUGGUAUUCCAACAAGUGGCACUGCAGCAGAGAUAUCACAAACAGGAGCAUUAGCACCCAGCGCAUUGCAGAACAAUUGCAUCGUGAAGACGGAAGCUGAUCCCGGACAGCAUCAUCAUCUACUCCUUCACCAUCACAUUCCUGAUCAGAUUUCGUCCAAUAUCAUCACGCUUGACGUAUUGAACAACAGUGGUAUCAAUCAGCACAGCCACCACCACCACCACCCACCGAGUCUUAUCGAUAACACUGAUAACCGCCAUCAUCAUCACAGCAACAACAGUGCAAGUAGUAUAGACAUUGAAAACAGCUUCUACGAAGAUCCGUUUCAAAUGAUGUAA